CUUUUCUUGCAUAAUUUUAUAUUGUUGUUGAUAAUAAAUUAAUUAAAGCAACAAAACAACUUGAAGAGCCGGUUGGAAGCCGAAAGAGCUGGCUCUUUUUAGUGAGCUGAGCUGAAAGCGCCGGUUCUCUUAAAAGGGCCGGAAUUCCCAUCACUGGUAUCAAUCCAUCAUUUCAUCUUUUCUCAUUACCCACAGCUACAUCCAGCUCACGCAGUCUACACUGUGCCCAGAGGGUCAACAACCCCACACAUGAACUCACUCACGGUGCAAUAUCUUCCCCCAUGAAAACAACAACUAUCAGUGAAUUUACAACGGAAUAUCAACAGGAAUGGUCAUAAAAGUUACAUAGCAAAACCAAAUCCAGAUACACAGUUUUACAUCUUAACUGGCAACACGUGCUCCUGAGGCAUGAUGGGAGACAACUAGCCGCUCCCAACAUGCCGCACAGCCCCCACCUGAGUGGUUAGCUGUCCUCAGCAACCUGUGUGUCCAUAACAAAGCCUCUGAGGUGUUGGGGAAGGCGACACUGUUGUCGAGUAUGUCUUACAGGUCCCCCAGCCGUCCCUGAGACCAGAUCGGGGGCCUGGGUUUGGAGCUGGGACCCUGACUGCUCCCCGGAUGGGCUGAUAGGGUACCAGGUGACCACCCUAUACCGUUUGAUCAGCCGCACUCUGUAAACCACGUCUGACAGCCUCUCGAGCAAGAUGAUACAGCCAUCAUCGGAUGCGUAUCAGACGGAAAUGAUCAGGAAUACAGGGGGAUCAUCAGUGACUUUGUUGGCUGGUGUGAGACCAACACGCUCCAAAUCAAUGCCAGGAAGGCGAGGAGAUGGUCAUAAACUUCAGGAGGAAGUCACCCCCUACAACACUGGUGAACAGCCAAGGAAAAGACAUUGAGAUAAUGGACUCUUACAAACUGGACUGGACUACACUCAAUAGAUUCAGAGGCUGAUUCUGAACACAAAAUGAAUGAGUUUGUUGGGGCACUGGAGUCUUUGUUACAAGAACACAAAGUUAUAGAGUUACACAGCGGUCGGCCCUCUUCGAACAUUUUGCGCUCUUUCAGGAUCACCUGAAUGAAUGCAGCUGCUGUUGGCCUCUCUCUGUACUUUUUGGAUAAAACUACACCUUCAGCGUGAUCUAUUUUGAAGCGUGAUCAUCAUUUUUACAUCACUAAGUCACCAAGUUAUCUGGGAACUUUUAAGUGUUGGUAGUUGGAUGUGGACAUGUAAAAGCUGCAGUUUAGAAUUAUCUAGCAGGUAUUUGUUGUUGAAACAUUUUAGACAGGCUCACGGACAUAUAAGAGGUGUUAAUCGCUUUCCCUGUCUGUACUCAGAUUGUCCAUGUAGCUCUACUAAAUGGAGUAAAUUGUUAAAUCACACGUACAAAAAUCAUUCAGAACAAACAACACAAAACAAAUCAGAACUAUCUAUUUUUCAGUGUCCUACUUGCUCAUGCAGAGAAUAUAUUUCAGAGAGAAAUUUUUUCCAACACAUAAAUACACAUCUCAGGCGUCACCAAACUGUCCAAUGCUUGUUUAAAAAUUGUGAAUUUGAAACUAAUAUAUACAGUACAUUUCAGACACACAAAUACAGAAAACACAACAAAUACUCCGUUCAUGAUUUGAGAGAUAAUAUUUGUAUACGUAAUCAGUUGAUUCAGUCAAGGAGUUCUGAAGAUGAUCUGUUUAAGGCUGGGACAACAGAUACUCUUCAAGAAAAACUAGAUUGUCAUGAACCAGUAGAAUUACUUACUUCAGAUUACUUUGAAGAAAGAAUUGCUUGCCUUUUACUGAAGUUAGAAAAUGUCAUUCAUGUCCCAACAACAGUUGUUGAUGAACUGCUGUCUGAACUCGAUUACUUAUUGAGUACAGCAUCUUUACAUCCCACAAAAACAGUUAUUUCUGGUGUAUUUCAAAAUAAUCAGCUACAAAUUGAAGAGUCUUUAAUUGAUGAGAUUUCCUCUGUUGUUUGCAGAUCUAGUCCUGUUUGCAUAGCCAUUGCAAGUGACGGCCCUCUUGCUACUGCAUAUAAAAGAAAACAGUAUUACUGUUCACAUUUUGGUAUUAUAGAGCCAAUAGAGUACAUACUAGAUGCUCAAAGGAAUCGGACCUAUCAGUACAUUCCUUUAUUACGAUCUCUGCAGCAGUUGCUUUCUCAGAAAGAUGUUCUUGAACUUCUUGUAGCCCAGACGGGUCAAAACACGCAAUUGACUUCUAAAGAAUACAGAACGGUUAGAGAUGGUGAGUACUACAAGCAAAACAGUUUUUUUCUGUGGUGAAGAGUUAAGAAUUGCUGUAAAUCUUUAUAUUGAUGAUUUUGAGAUAUGUAACCCGCUUGGGACAUCUCGUAAAAAGCACAAACUCUGUGGUGUCUAUUGGGUUUUGGGUAAUUUACCACCAGAUUCCCAUUCAGCAUUAACCUCAAUUUAUUUAGCUGUACUUUGCCAGUCAGAUGACACAAAAGCUUUUGGUUUCGUGAAAGUAUUGGAGCCUCUCAUUCAAGACUUGAGCAUUUUAGAAAAGCAUGGUGUCUUUGUGUCUCAGCUUGGUAAAUUUGUAAAAGGCUCUGUCCAAUGCGUAAUAGCGGACAAUCUUUCAGCUCAUGGUAUCGGUGGAUUUCUUGAGAGUUUUGCUGGUGGAUCCAUUUGUAGGUUUUGUACUGGAGACAAAUCAGAAUUUCAGAAUCAGGAUGUAAUGUCCAACUUCGAACCAGAGAGGUCCAUGAAGUUCAUGUCCACUGUGCUCAAGAAAAGGCAACUGCUGUCUGUGGUGUAAAAAAAAAAGUGUGUGUUGACAGAGAAUCCCUCACAUUUUCAUGUCAGCACUGGAUAUCCCCCAGAUAUUGUCCACGAUAUCUUUGAAGGUAUUGUUCCCACGGAACUAUUAGCUUAUUAUAAUCUCCAAAAAAUACUUCACACUUGACAAACUUAACACCUUGAUCCAGAAAUUUCCAUACAAAUUUGGUGACAAAACAAAUUGACCUCAUGCCAUACCACAUACUUAUUCUUCAAAAAACACAAUAGGGGGCAAUGCUCAUGAAAACUGGUCCUUGCUGAGAUUGCUUCCUUUAAUCAUAGGGCCACUUUUGCCAGUAGAUGAGCCAGCAUGGCAGGUAAUUCUACAUCUUAAACAUACAGUAUAGUUGAGUUGGUUGUUGCCCAUGUCCACAGAGAUGAAACCAUAGCUUACCUUGAGGCCAAGAUCUAUGAUCAUAGGCAGCUCUAUCUUUAUCUCUUUCCACAUGUAAAUCUGUUGCCAAGCAUCAUUAUUUGGAGCAUUAUCCACAAAUGAUUAAAUGCUUUGGACCUCUCAUUUCUCUAUGGACCAUGCGAUUCGAGGCAAAGAAUAGUUUUUUCAAGCAGGUUGCACGACAUACAAACUGCUUCAAAAACAUACCUUUCUCAUUAGCUGUUAAACAUCAGUUCAUGAUUGCCCAUCAGACACAUUCCUCUAAUUACAAGAAGUCAUUCUUGGAAGUUAGAAAUGCCUCUGUUAUGCCCGUUGAGGUUCUUAAUGACAGAGUAGUGUCUGCUUUGAUGGAAAGAUACCCAUCUAUUUCUGAAGUUGCUGUGUUGAAGAAGGUAUCCUGCAAUGGUAUGCAUUACAGUCAAGGCAUGCUUAUUGUUCAUGGAACUGUAAAUGGGCUGCCAAAAUUUAAUGAGAUCAUUCAGCUGUGCAUAGUUGAGAGGAAACUGUGUUUCAUAGUUAGGGAACUAUGUUCUUGGUACAGGGAGCAUUAUGGUGGAUUUGAGCGGUCUACCUCAUCCACUAGAGAGCUGGCCAUAAUUGAGCUUGGUGACUUGGAGGACCCAUAUCCCCUUGUGGACUAAAUUGUGGAGGGACUACGCUUGGUGAUGUUAAAGAGAUUCAUCAUCAUGAAGGAGUAAAGGUUGUCUCAUAAUGGCAAGCGCUGUUCUCAGAAUCAUCUUUGGGAUGUGUCAGACUCCAGGAAAAUGCAUCUGGACUCUGGAAUUCCAGCAACAUUAUCAGAGCUCCAUAUAUUGGUAAAGAUAUUCUUCGAUUUGAAAGGAGACUUCCGUUUGCAGUACAUGGAUGAAGACUUUAAUGCAUUUAUGAACUUAACUUCAAUGUCUGAUGUAAAAGAUAAAGGCACACUGAAAGUGAUAUACAAUCCUAAACCCACACUUGAAGAACAAUUCAUUGCUUUGUACCCAGUUGAGACGUUCACAAACAGCAGUGUUUACGCUUGCCAAGGAACUUCCAGCCCUGGGCCUUCUUUAGUUUCAUCCUGCAGUGAUGAUACCCUAUACACAUCAACCCCUCAUUUAUCACCAGAAGUUCAACCGACAAGACAGUUUUCCUGGCCCAAUGUGUUUGUGGUCCCUAAAUUCACAAAUGACAUGGAAUUGGAACUCCAGCAGAAAAACGCAGAAUAUGAAGCAAAUGGCACACUCUUCAAGCCUGGCAUUAAACUGAAAGGAGUCAUCCUUGAUGGAUUAGCUCAAGAAAUGCUGAAAUACACUAAAUAUCCUAAAGACGAUCAAUGUGAAGAGGUGGCAGCAGCAGUGACAAGGACCCAUCCUUGUUUAGGGCAGCAAGGAUCUAAGACAGGAUUCUGGGGAUGGAAACAAUCUCUGAUUGGGUGGCUUGGCAAUCCUGAAAUCCGUGUGAAUUUGUUAAAGCACAAACAAGAAGGCCAAGGAAAAACUGCUGCCAUCAUCAAAAAACCAAGAAAGGCCGAGGUCUGUUAUGUCCCUUUACCCCCAAAAGGUGAAGGCACUGAAAGCUUGGAAACUGAAAGAGUGGCUCUACUCUCAGAAAUCAAAAAGCGGGACAAAGAACCAGUAAUAAAAGCAAAAAUGGAAAGAACUUUCUCCCAUAGACGACUAGAGAUUGUGGAACAGAGGCCGAUGAUCAAAGACUUCAUGAACAGAUGGCCUGCCCUUUUCAAGGAAAGUGAAUGUGAUGACAUCAACAUAAAGAGGGAGCAUACUCUUAAAAGCCUGGUGAUCUACUUUAAUGAAGAUCCAGACCUACUGUUCAAGGAGUAUCUGACCUCCUCCACUGAGGAUGAACGGUUGAGAUCCACUGCAGCAACUGUCAUGGGUAUUUACAGCAUCAGAAGAGAAGGCGUUCAGGAGCCAGAGGAUGUGGGAGUUGUCAUUGAAGGUACUACAAUUAUGAACAACCAUCGUCCUCUUUGGACUGAUUUAUGCAUUUGAUCUAAGCUAUCCAAAUGACCACAAGCACACUUUCGAGUUUUGUCAGAAGAUUUUAAUGAAUCUGGAUGGACAAAGGUUCAGUACAAAGAUGCAGCAAAUGAAAAUGAAGAUGUUUGCUUAGGCAAACAAGGCCCCAGCACAAAAGUUGAUUUUGGCCUUUUUAUCUCUUUUGUUCAAACUGUGACCUUUUUUUCUUUUUUCUUUUUUUUUUUUUUGAAAAAUUGAAGUUUUCUAUUUUUGUCUGCUGUUCGGUUGUGAGUGAUGUAACCUUUAAUCUAUACUAAUAUAGUUGGAUAAAAGGACUGUGGGAAUUUAGCUCAAAAAAGUUUAAUGCUUGUAACCAGCAUUUUCUUUUUAAUUGCUUUUGGGAUUUUCAAAGAGACAAAACAAAUGUUGACAACUUUGGUGUCUUCCAGUGUUUUAAAGUUGGUGUUCCCGUUCUUAUAAGCUUGUAAAAGUUUGAAUGUAAUUGGUUUUAGAGAAGUAAAGUUGAAUUUUUUUUUUAUUAAAAUACUUCCCCUUUGGUAACAUAAAAAUGUU